CCCAGCCAAAAGCUCUAAUAUUUUCAAGAACCUCACGAGGUUCUUGAAAAUAAGGGAACCCGCAUUUCACGGACUCUCGGCAAUGCGCGCAGGGCACCCAUGUUGUCGUUUGCGGACGAAGAUGGACACGUGCUUCGAAGGGGGGACAACGCAUGGCGGCGAGCGGGCAGGUGUGGGACGUGGCAACCAUCACGAAGUUCAAAGUAUUUCUUCAUCGACCGUGCUCCUGUGAGGACAACAACUCGGCACACUACAUGUACAGCGCGUGUUGGAUUGUGGUCAGUCGACGCAUGCCUGCCAUGCACUUGUCAUUGUCGAACGUUUGUCGUUUGGGCAGUGUGCGGUGGAGGAGGUGUCCUUCAUGGCCGACAUGUAUAGAAGGCUGCCAAUUGUCGUCGUCGUCGUUGUCGUUUUCACGCUUGUCCUCAUCUUGCACUUCUUCUUUGGGGUACGAACGACGACGUAGCAACACAAACGACAACCGAGCAAGGGACACAAAUUGCUCCCCUUGUCUUCCAGUACGGGGAACGGUGGUGGAGCAGUAGAGGGCGGCGGUGAUGGGGCUGGCUAUGGUGGGGUUCGUCGACGGCGGUACGAACCGAGUCUGUACAGUCAUCGACCUCCAGCCCCUCCCAGAAACAGACGACCAGAUGGGGGGCGGCGUGCUGGGGACGUUACCUCUGGCCAGCAGGUCGACGCAAAGCUGGCCAUUGGGCAUCCAGGCGCAUGCAGGCAGCAGUGGACUUGCAGGCAAGUACACGACUUUGUUGUAGGGCGGGCUCGACGGAGGGCGACGUGGACUUGAACUUUGGCUUGUCCACGAACACUUCAACUUCGGCGACGCACACGUUCAUUGUGAGGCAGGCUCCAUCCGACGGCGCAGGUGGACAUUAUCUGCCGGCCAACGGAAACGAGGUGUGUUGGCCGCCAGUUCAGUGAUGUGCCAGGUACGAAGUCGCCUGCGAGCGAUUUCUCACUAAUCGGUCGAGUGUGCAGCACGUGGGGGCAACCAUCACUCCCAUCGACGGUGCAUGUGCUGGCAUCUGCGUCGGUCUCAGGAAGAUACAUUCUUCCACUGCGUUGUCGUCUGCAGCGAGUUGCGGGGGCGCGACUCACGCAGACGACCACCACCGGCAGUGCAACAAACGAGCGUGGACAACAUCACACAAGGAGUGUCGAACAUGCGCGUUGUGAGCAAUGGCACGGACGACAUCGAUGAUGCCAAGCCUGAAGAUUGCAGCAUCCAAGACAUUGACAACGACGGCGAUAGUGGUGAUGAUCUGGAUAUCCGGCCUCUUGGAAAAAAAACCAGCCGCGUCGAGGGGUUGCGGAAAGGAUGGCAGUCGAGGUCGUGGGGGGGGGAGGGCAAGCAAAGGAGUUACUGCUUCCGGGACACGUCGAAGAUACCGUGGAUGAACGAGGAACAACUCCACCCUGCGAGUGUGAAGCGGGAGCAGGACUUGUAUUAUGCGGGCCUCGACCAUAACUACAAACGAAUGAAGACGAAGAUGCAGUGAUGGGAAGACAUAUCGAAGGGAUUGCUGGACGUCGGCGUGGUCCGGAACUACAUAGAAGCCUUCAUGAAGUGGGAUAACCUCCUCCAAAAGUACGAGAAGAUUUAAAGAUUCCAAGGAAAGAGAGGUGAAAACGAUUUCUUCCGGUUGAUGACAGAGGAGCGGAAGACGUUCAAAUUCAAGUUCAUGAUGGAGUGCCGUUUGUACGACGAGAUUGACGGUGGCAUGCUCGUCAACCACACCAUACAACCGCCAAAUGUUGCUGACACAGGCGAUCCCGAUGGUGUGCAGAUCCCCCGGCGUGGUGGGACAAUCGGCGAGUUUGUCGGCAGCGAGGGGGGGGGGGGAGCUGAAUGUCGACGAAGGAGGGUCCACCCGAGAGUCAGACAACACCGGCGGCAGCGGGAAACGCAAAAAUAUGCGACAAUAAACCUUCGAAGCCAUCGUGGCAGUCAUGGAUCGGCAUGGGGAGGUGAUGGUGGGUAUCGUCGACAACGCUAGCAAGCGACAAUGCGCCAUCUUGGAACGUUAGUGCGACAUACUGGAGCGCGGGGUCGAAGUGCAAAAGCCGCAUUACUUGUCGUCCGAUGACAUGGAAAGGAUGAUGUGUCACGCGCUGCUGGAGAUGGCCGCUGCCAUCCGUGGUUGGUCGUAGUGGAUUGAUAGCAGGAGGUAGGAGGGACUGUGAGGAGAGGGGGGAGGGGGGAGGGGGGCGGGGGGGAGGGUCGCGAGUUCAUGUUGAGGUUGUGGGGGUUGUGGUUGUCCUCCGUCGAGUCCGGCCGUUGUGUUUUUGAUCGUCUGUGUAAAGCAUAGCGCAGGUGUUUCAACGCGCCAUAUCCGCAGCGCCAUGCCGGUUUUUCCGCAAGAUGCGGGAAAAGAUCGUUUUUCGUUUUUAAUCAUUUGUUCGUGGUGUUGGCGAUGCCCAUUUGUCUCGUGGAUGGAUCCACUAAAACAC